ACGAACGGCGGUACCAAACGGAUUAACGAUGAAGUUCCUGCUCUUCAGUGUUCUGCUUCCGACGCUUGCCUACGGAAUUGCCGUACGACCAUGUCCCAACGGUGCACCGAUACCGCAGGAAGUUCGUGUUGCCGGGUGUACCGCGGAGCCAUGCAUCGUGCAGAUAGGUGGAAUGGUCGAUAUGGAUCUGGAUUUCGUAGCAGCGCGCGCUGUGCCUGAAGUGCGCGCGAGUCUCGAAAUCUUUCUCGGUGAUUUCCGUGUACCGUAUGAGCUACCGCAGCACCAACGGAAUGCUUGCCUUUUCUUCGAGGUGGGCAGCUGCCCGGUAACGCAGGGUGAGUUCAUCAACUACCAUCUGAGCACACCGGCAGCGGCACCAUUCGUAGGUAUUACAGUAGACCUACAGCUGCAGCUUUCGGAUACUGCUGGUACACCACUGAUCUGUUACCGAUCGUCGGCUACCAUCGUGGGAGCAUAAGAGCU